GUUCUUUCUUGCUUUGUUCGAAGAAAUUGCAUCCAAUUCCUUACAAAGUAAGGAAGAACAGGAGAAAAGCGGGAAACUACCCUCACAUCGGUCAAAGAAAUAAGAGUGAAGGACAAAGCAAUGGCAAUAGAGAAACCACUAUUCAUGAAGAUACUUUCAAGGACGGAUAUCAAGGCGCGGUUGUCUAUUCCAACUAAGAAGAAAAGAUGUUUCCUGAAUUUCCAAAAUCGGCAUCAGGUGGAGUUUAAGGUGAAGGACGAGAAUGGGAAAGACUGGGUAUUUUGUUGUUCAAUUAGGAAAAAGAAAGGCUAUCGGAAGCCGGUUCUCAGUAAGGGAUGGCUUCCAUUUGUGCGGUGUUGGAAGCUGGAAAUCGGUGAUGUAGUGAGAGUUUAUAGGAUGAUGGAUAAAGAUGGUAAGGAGUACUAUAGAAUUGAAGUGAUCAAGAGAAGAGAUUCACCUUUAGUUCGGAACCACGAUGCCGAAGAGCCAUCAGCCUUGGCGGUAGCAAGCUACGGUGAUGUUGAAGAGGAAGCAUAUGAAGUUGGAGGUGAGUUCUUGAUGAAUGCUUGAGUUGAAUUGUAAUGCGUUGGAUUGAAUGAUGAAGCAGGACUAAAUUGAAUAAAAUAAAAAUUUUAUGACUAAAA